CUCUUUCUCUCUCUUUCUCUUUCCCGGUCUGGAUUGUCACCGGAAAACAAUACCCGAGGGAGAUCGUGGGACAAGGUAUUUUGAGAGCUCGCAUCUCGCCGCGGCCUGCGUUCCUCGACGAAUCGAAAAACUCGCAGGGAUGCGCGAGAUCGACGGAUCCGCGCGUGUCACCGAGACCGACGGUGUCACUCGAAUAUUUGUGUAUUCGAGCAGCCGAGAUUAGAAACUACGAAGAUACGAAGACACGUGAAUGAAGAAUACAAGAAGAAUGCGCGGGAGGACUGUUGCCGUGGGAACAGCGGCAUUUAUUCGAAGAUUCCCGUCACCGUCGAUCGCAACGCGAUUCGGCGAUCGAGGGAUCGCCCGUUGCUGCAAGCUUUAUCGAAGUAAACGCUCAUCCGUCGUGUGAGAUGGAGUAAACGCGAAGAAAGAGGAGACGCACACACGGAGAGCGCGCACUGUGAGAGGGUUGCACCGCGUUUCUCUUGCGGGGAGAAAUGUGAGACUGGUUAACGUCGUUCAGAAAAUUGAAUGCCAAAGACGAACAAUAGUCGCUACUUAAGAAGACAGUAUUUAUAGCAGUAAGAUUUAAUAUAACGUAUAGUUUGCGAUCGGCCAAAGGAUCGACCAAAGAUAGUACACGUAUAGAUCUGCCAAAGAUAUCCGAGUGAUUAUUAAAAAGCGAUGCAUAUGAAAUAUAUACAGCGUACGUAUAUUUUUGACGAGCGAAGGAUAUUUUCUUGCGAACCAGAACGGGACCGUAGGGACAGUAAUCGGAAAAAAAGAAGUAAGUGAUAAAGUGAAGUAGAUCUCUUUUCGGAAAGCUACGAAAGUACAGCACGAUCGAGUGGAGACGGAUGUCUGCACGAGUCGAGUCGAGAUAUGCAUAGUUUAUAACGGAAUUGCACGCCGUGUAACUAACCAAAAGUGCCUGCAUCCUGCCAAGCGUACAUAUAAGGAACUCUCGCUUCCUUCAUGAUUCUACGAAACGGCGCUUCCAGCGGUAGGUGCAUCGUGACGAGUAGAUAUAGGCUAUCAUCACGCUGUCGAUAUGCAUAUGUAUUACUUUGCCCGAUUUCUGUUUUAACAUCGUAGUAGUUGGGAAAUAUAGACUAAACAGGAAAAUGUACGGUUAACUUUUUUUUUUUUUUAAGAUCCAUGUGCGUUUACGGGACGUUCGCUUCAAGUUACGGACUCGUGUCGCGCUCGAAAGUGAAAAAGUGGACGAAAAGCGAAACAUUGACGCGGCCGCAAAACGAUCUCGAAAUCGGGAACGGUGGAGGAUGUGGGAGAAGAACGAUCGAGCGACGUGGAAGGACGCAUAAUUCUGCGGGGACGUUACUCUGGGGAAUCGCCGUGGCCCGGCGUAGCCUCUGACCCCUUAUUCUGGUAUCGUCCUGGUACCAAGAUGCUGGACAUAUUUCGCGGUCUGAAGAGUCUCAUAAAAAUCUCGCACAUCCAUAUCGACAGCGCCGUAUUCCGCCUGCAUUACAGCCUGACUGUGAUCCUGCUGAUAGCGUUCUCCCUGAUCGUCACGACCCGCCAGUACGUCGGCAAUCCCAUCGAUUGCAUACACAGCAAGGACCUGCCCGAGGACGUACUCAACACUUACUGCUGGAUACACAGCACGUACACGAUAACCGCGGCGUACCGGAAGAGAGAGGGCCUGGAAGUGCCCUUUCCCGGCGUCGACAAUUCCAAACAGUAUCCCGAAUCCGAGCGGAAGGAGUACAGAUACUACCAGUGGGUCUGCUUCAUGCUGUUCCUCCAGGCGAUCCUCUUCUACACCCCGCGCUGGCUCUGGAAGGGCUGGGAGGGUGGCAAGAUUCAUGCCCUUAUGAUGGACCUCGACAUCGGGCUCUGCUCCGAGGUGGAGAAGAAGCAAAAGAAGAAGAUGCUGCUCGACUACCUUUGGGAGAACCUGCGUUUUCACAAUUGGUGGGCCUACAGGUAUUACCUGUGCGAGGUCCUCGCGCUGCUGAAUGUGAUCGGUCAGAUGUUUCUGAUGAACCGCUUCUUCGACGGCGCUUUCUUGACCUUUGGCAUCGACGUACUCAGGUUCCUCGAAUCCGAUCAAGAAGAUCGAGUGGACCCAAUGAUUUACGUCUUUCCACGAAUGACCAAAUGCACCUUCUACAAGUACGGCGUCAGCGGGGAGGUCGAGAGACAUGACGCCGUCUGUAUACUGCCUCUCAACGUCGUGAACGAGAAGAUCUAUGUCUUUCUGUGGUUCUGGUUCCUUUUCCUCGGCGUGCUCAGUUUCCUUACGGUUUUAUAUAGGAUCCUAAUAAUAUUUUCGCCGCGCACGAGGGUCUACCUGUUGCGAAUGAGGUUUCGUUUGGUACGGAGGGACGCCGUGGAGACCAUAGUGCGUCGCAGCAAGGUCGGCGAUUGGUUUCUUCUCUACAUGCUGGGCGAGAAUUUGGACACCGUGAUAUACAGAGACGUGAUGCACGAAUUGGCGAACAAGCUCGCCACGCGGCAUCACCACGGCGUAUCGGGAGUGAAGGGCGAGCUUCAAGAAGCCUGAUCGAGGUUGCCUCGGAGGGUCGGCACGUUCGAUUCGCCGCUGCCGCAGUCCUGCCCUCACCCUGCAUC